UUGAACAAGUCAAUUUCCUUGUCCAAAAAUUCUGCAAAGGCAAAUUGGACCCAAGUAUCUGAAUUCAUUCUCUUAGGAUUCUCAGAGCGAUCAGAAGUGCAGAUAACUUUGUUCUUUCUCUUUCUACUCAUUUACCUAUUGACUCUAAUAGGAAAUCUGGGUAUGAUUGUGCUUAUUCAGACAGAUUCCCUCAGAUACUCUCCAAUGUAUUUUUUCCUCAGUAAUCUGUCCUUCAUUGACAUCUGCUACUCUUCCAGUAUCACACCCCGGUUUCUAUAUGAUCUCCUUGUAGGUAAAAAGUUGAUUUCAUACAAUGCAUGUGUAAUCCAAAUGUGGUUCUUUGCUACCUUUGCCACAACUGAGUGUUACCUUUUAGCUGCCAUGGCUUAUGAUCGCUUUAUGGCCAUCUGUAACCCACUGCUUUAUCCAGUCACCAUGACCAGAAAUAUUUGUCUCCAGCUUCUUGCUGGCUGCUACGUGGCUGGGGUUGUGACUUCAAUUGUCCAUACAAGUGGUACAUUCCGACUCUCUUUCUGUGGUCCCAAUGAAGUUAAUUCUUAUUUCUGUGACAUCCCCCCUUUGCUGAGGCUCUCCUGCUCAGAUAAUUAUGUUUCCAAGACAGUACUAUUUGUCUUUUCUGCUUUUGUUGUUGUAUUGAAUGCAAUUGUUGUUCUAAUCUCUUAUGCUUAUAUCCUUUCCACUGUCUUGAGAAUGCGAUCAUCUACAGGUCGGCACAGAACCUUCUCAACCUGUGCAUCACACUUGAUGGCCAUUGUACUGUAUUAUGGGACACUCACCUUCAUGUAUGUUCAGCCUGGAGGGCUUGAAGCAGUGGAACAAGACAAAAUAGUGUCUGUAUUCUAUACCAUUGUAAUUCCCAUGCUGAACCCUGCCAUCUACAGUCUAAGGAAUGAGGAAGUGAAAAAUGCCCUGAAGAAAAAAUUGAAUAAGAAAAUCUUUCUCCAGCUGCCAAAGUUAUGA